AUGUCGGUAGCUCUUUGCCCCCCCCCCACUCCCAGGACUCAAUUCUUUUCAGAUAUUCUUUGUCAAGCCGCCAAAGUGGAGAGUGUCGUCGCACCAGGAGGUCCUUCUCGUUUCAGUGUAGGGGGAGGAGGUGGGGGUGCACCUCAGCACUAUCCCAAAACUGUCGGCAACAGCGAGUUCCUGGGGAAAACCCCAGGUUCUAGCGUUCAGAGAUGGGUACCUUCUCGAAGCACUAGACGAGAUGCCAGCUCCUCCAACGAGAAAGGGCAAAAUGAUGCAAUCUUCAGAAAAGUGAGAGGCAUACUUAAUAAGCUGACUCCUGAGAAGUUUGACAAACUAUGCCUGGAGCUCCUCAAUGUGGGUGUAGAUUCAAAAGUUGUCUUAAAAGGAAUCAUCUUGUUGAUUGUUGACAAAGCCCUCGAAGAGCCCAAGUAUAGCCAGUUGUACGCUCAACUAUGUCUACGCUUGGCAGAAGAUGCACCAAACUUUGAAGCCCCAACAACAGAAAGUCAGGCAACACAAAAGCAGAAUAGUACCUUCCGACGGCUUCUGAUUUCUAAGCUUCAAGAUGAGUUUGAGAAUCGUGCCAGGAAUGUUGACCACUUCGACAAACAUGACAGCCCACUCACCUCUGAGGAGGAGGAACAGCGUGCAAUUGCAAAGAUCAAGAUGCUGGGCAACAUCAAAUUCAUCGGUGAACUGGGCAAACUCAACCUCAUCCAUGAAUCUAUUCUCCACAAGUGCAUUAAAACACUGUUGGAGAAGAAGAAGAGAGUCCCACUUAAGGAUAUUGGUGAAGAUUUGGAAUGCCUCUGUCAGAUAAUGAAAACAGUUGGUCCCAAACUUGAUCAUGAAAAGGCAAAGUCUUUGAUGGACCAGUACUUUGCUCGCAUGCAAUCCUUAACCAACAGCAAUGAUCUGCCUGCACGGAUUCGCUUCCUGCUGCAGAACACGGUGGAGCUGCGACACAACAACUGGGUGCCUCGGAAAGCUUAUGUUGACAAUGGACCAAAGACUAUUACCCAAGUUCGUCAAGAUGCAGUAAAGGAUUUGGGCGUUUUUAUUCCACCUUCAAGUGAUUCAAUAAGGAAUGACUUCUUCAUGGACAGUUCCUCCUUCCUUCCAGGAAAGAUCAAGUAUGAUAGGGAGACUCUUGGUGGGCUGGCCGACAUGUUUGGACAAAUGCCUGGAAGUGGCAUCGGCACAGGCCCAGGGGUAAUUCAGGACCACUAUUCCCCAACCAUGGGUCGCCACCGCGGCAGUGCUCCAGGGGUAAUUCAGGACCACUACUCACCAACCAUGGGUCGUCACCGUAGCAGCCCACUCUUUAAUGGCCACAGUGGAAACAGCAAUGGGUCACACCAGCCAUAUGAAAAUGAAAGCAAGCCGUUCAUAAAACCGAACCAGGGGAGAAAUUCACCAGUUUUCAACCAUAAACAGAAUCACUCAGUCCAGAUGCAGUCAAAGGAUAUGGCUCCAAGGUUCAGCAAGAAGGGGAAAGUCAAUGCAGAUGAGAUCAGUCUGAGGCCAGCACAGUCCUUCAUUAUGAAUAAAAACCAAGUGCCAAAGCUGCCGCCACAGACAAUGAUGCCUUCUCCAGUUGGACAGCUUGGUCUUAAAGCCAAUCCUCCUCCAAUUCAGGAAAAACCUGCAAAGUCUAACAAAAAGGCUCCUCCCACAAAGGAAGAGUUGUGCAAAAUGACGGAGACACUACUCACAGACUACCUAAACAACAAAAAUGUUAACGAUGCAGUGAGUGCUGUGAAAGAGAUGAAGGCCCCCAAACACUUCUUGUCAGAGAUGAUGAACAAGAUCAUAGUCUGCUCACUCGAUCGUUCAGAUGAAGAUAAGGAACAUGCAAGCACUCUGAUUCACACCCUCUGCACAGAGGGCCUCGUCACUGGUGACAACAUAUUGCAGGCCUUCCUGGGUGUUCUGGACCAGUGUCCCAAGAUUGAGGAAGAAAUCCCACUGGUGAAGUCGUACCUGGCUCAGUUUGCAGCACGAGCGAUCAUUGCUGAUCUGGUCAGCAUUGCAGACUUGGCCCAUCAGCUGGAGAAUGGCACACAUUUCCCACUCUUCCUGCUCUGUCUGCAGCAACUGGUGAAACUGAAAGACCGUGAGUGGCUGACUGACCUUUUCCAGCAGAGCAAGGUCAACAUGCAGAAGAUGCUGCCUGAAAUUGACCAGAACAAGGACCGGAUGCUGGAGAUUCUGGAGGGUAAAGGCCUCAGCUUUUUGUUCCCACUGAUGAAGCUGGAAAAGGAGCUGCUGAAGCAGAUCAAAGUGGAUCCUUCUCCGCAGUCAAUCUACAAGUGGAUCAAAGACAACAUCUCUCCAAAACUUCACACCGACAGAGGCUUUGUCAACAUUCUCAUGACCAGUUUCUUGCAGUACAUUGCUUACGAGAGCAACCCUGACGAUGAUGAAGAGCAGCAUGCAUCGCCCAGUAAGGACCAGCUGGAGGAAGAGAAGCAGCUCCUGCUCUCUUUCAAGCCGGUGUUGCAAAAGUUUCUUCACGAUCACAUUGAGCUGCAAGUCAGUGCACUGUAUGCCCUGCAGGUGCACUGCAAUGCCAAGAGGUUCCCUAAAGGCAUGCUGCUGCGCUACUAUGUGAACUUUUAUGACAUGGAAAUAAUUGAAGAGGAAGCCUUCCUUUCAUGGAAAGAAGAUCUCGCCCAAGAGUAUCCAGGGAAAGGAAAAGCAUUAUUUCAGGUGAAUCAGUGGCUGACCUGGCUGGAGACUGCAGAAGAGGAGGAGUCAGAGGAUGAAGAGUACUGAGGAAUAGGCCAAAGCCAUGUCUUAUCAGAUGCAGACUUGUUUUGGGUUUUUUUUUUUUUUUU